UGUUUGGUGAGGGUGUGUUGAACAGCAGCUGUGGAACAAUGGAGCUGGUCAAUUCACUGGAGUUUGUUACGCUUCGACAACCCGGUAGAACGCUUUGUCGCGUUGCCUGGUGCAAUUGAGGGCUCUGGACACUUACACGUUGUAUGUGGCGAUCAUGGGCAACGGGCUGGUGUCAUCAGGACGUGUAUUGAAUCUCUAAGAGAGGCGAGUGGACAGACUGUCGUGGUGGACCUUGGGCUAUGGUCACGCCAUCUGGAGAGGCAGCUGGGUGGGCAUUUUGGUACGGAAAUCACACUCAGAACAGAUAUAGAGAGCUUCACGCAGCUACUGCGGUGUCUAAUGGAUAUGCUGGAGUACAAGCUGGAUCGCAUGGACCUCCCCUUGAAGCUACUCGUCAUCGAUGACCUCUCCGUGUUCCAUUGGGACCUGCUCGUUGAUGGAACCCUCGAGGAGGAGUACACCGCUCUCGCGAAGAUCCUACAACGGCUCAGACACCAGUUCGGCACGGCCAUCGUCACUACGAGUCUGGGUGUUGAGUUUGAGAGUGGAAUGACCCUCCAGCACCAUCGUCAUCAUCAGAAUAAGCCCGUGUAUUGCCAAUGGAGCUGUAUUCCACCGGUUUUCUUGCAACAAACGCACGAUAUUGUGCUUGCCACCGACGCUGGCCAUCUCCUGUGGAGCAAUGCCAGCUCAUAGGCACACUCACAUGCCAAAUCCCACCGUUAUUCACCC